AUGCCACGAUCCCGCAUCGAAGCCCUCCUCGCAUCCUUCCCGAAGCUCGCCGACAGCGGUACCCAGCAUACGACCGUCGAACAAGAUAAUGUGCGCUUCGUCUACCAGCCGUUGGACGAGCUUUACAUGGUGCUUAUUACCAACCGCCAAUCCAACAUCCUUCAAGACAUCGACUCCCUGCACCUGUUCGCGCAGGUCGUCACCAGCACAUGCAAGAGUCUUGACGAGAGGGAGAUCCUGAAGAAUGCAUACGAGCUUCUUAGUGCUUUCGACGAGCUUGUCACCCUUGGCUACCGCGAGAACUUGACCAUCAGCCAGAUCAAGACCUUCCUCGAGAUGGAGAGUCACGAGGAGCGAAUCCAGGAGAUCAUCGCAAGAAACAAGGAAUUGGAGGCGACAGAGGAGCGCAAGCGAAAGGCCAAGCAGCUGGAGAUGCAGCGCAAGGAGUCGGCUCGAGCCGGCCGCGUCGGCGGUGGAAUGCCCAGAACGCCCGUAUACCCGACUUACACUCCCCCUACCCGCCCGACGCCAACAGAUACGUACGACUCGUAUGAAGCUGAGAAGAACAAGACCUUCAACAAGUUGAACGCUCCGAAGGGCAAGGGUAUGCAACUGGGCAAGAAGUCUAAGACCACCGAUAUGUUCGAGCGUGUUCGAGGCGAGAUGGGCGCUGAGGUGGACGACACGCCUCUUAUCACGCCGUCCCCUGCCCAUGCGCCCGAGCCUGCGGCAGAGCCCCGCGUCUCUUCUAACCUUGACCAUGACGCGAUUCACGUCGUGAUCAAUGAGGCCAUCAGUGCCAAGCUGUCGAGAGAGGGAGCCCUCAACUCCCUUGCGAUAGUUGGUGAUCUGAGCCUCCGCAUCUCCGACCCCAACUUGACUAAGGUCAAAUUGAACCUGACGGCCAACGCGUCUCACGGCGCCCAGUUCCGAACGCAUCCCAACGUCGACAAGAACCUCUUCAACAGCUCCAAGGUGAUUCAGAUGAGCAACACUGCUCGCGGCUUCCCCACCAACCAGUCAGUGGGCGUGUUGCGUUGGAGAGCAACGGCCAAGGCAGACGAUACCAGCGCCUGCCCUAUAACGUUCACAGUCUGGAUCAACAAGGAUGCGGACAAGUACAACAUGACGGUCGAGUAUGAACUGACGGGCGGCGACACUCUCAAAGAUGUUAGUGUGAUCAUUCCCUACCAGGCCAGCGAGCCUGUUGUGUCAAGCUUCGAUGCCUCAUACGAGGUUUCUGGAGAUUCUCUGGAGUGGAACAUUGGAACAGUGUCAGACGAAAACCCUACCGGAUCGUUUGAGUUCGAGGCCGAAACCAAUGACGAGAAUGACUUCUUCCCCAUGACGGUCAGGUUCUCGAAGACAUCUCCUUUCAUUGAUGUCGAUGUCUCCACGGUUUUACUGCUUGAAGAGGACGAGGAAGUGACUUUCUCGAAGGAGGUCAAGUCGAAUGCAGACAACUUUUUGAUUGAAUAG